CAGAUUUUCUUCUGCUCAAUCUCCCAUCACAAGUCACAAGAACAUCUGAAAGUGUGUGCCGCCUGCAGGCCAAAUAUUUUUAAACUUAUGGGAUAAAUUCAGCCUGGAAGUUGCUACUUAUCCCCAAAAAGCGUACAACACAACCGGUGACAUCACUGUACACAGAGGCAGAUUGGAAUCGUUGCAUUUGUUUGAAAAUCUGUUACAUAAUAUUCCAAAUGGGAGUCGGUAAAUCAAAGGAGCCGGCCACCUCUAGUCGCAAAGGAGAGAUUGAUUUAUCUCUAUUCAAAGCCCGCGUCGAUCGAGUAAACGUUAGCGGUCUAGGCCGGACCCACGAUGACUACGUCCAGCGAGCGAUCAAAAGCCUGUUCACGGCUACCAGUUUUCAGGACGUUAUCGUCGAAACAACAAACGUAAAGGAUAAUCUUAUGCAGUUAGGCAUUUUUAAAAAUUUGAAGAUUCACAUCGACACAAGUAAGGGCGAAGGAGCAACCAAGAAUGGAUACGAGGUGACUUUCCAGGGGAACGAACUUUCUCGUAUUACGGGGAGCAUCGGUACCGAACUAGGUCAAAACGAUGGAGCUGCGACCGCAGAACUGACAUCGCCUAACAUCUUUGGAAGGGGCGAAAGGUUAAGUUUAAAUUAUAGCUACAGUUUCGUGCGAAGCAGUGUACUUAAUCUAAGAUUCACUAAACCGUACUUACAUACUGCAGUUGGAGAUUACAGUCCAGAGACAUCCAUCGCUGUAUUCAAACAUUCGUCGCCUUCACCAUGGUCCAAGUUCCGCACAGAUGAGACGGGAGUACUGCUGGACUUUUCCUUUGCGCUUCCUUUCGGGUUGAGCAAUAGCCUGCAGUACGAGAUAGGGACGAAGGAAAUCUUCGCCCUCGACAAGCAUACACCAUUCUUUGUUCGCGAAAAUUGCGGCCCCAAACUAGCGGCUAUCAUACGUUACAUCGGUGUCUACGAAGGUCGCGAUAGCAAUGUGUUCCCCACAAAUGGAAUUUUCGUGCGAACUACUAGCGAGCUGAUGGGAAGUUCACUGACGCAAUUCGGUGUGGUAAAAAGCGAGGUGCACGCAGAAAUUAAUAUGCCAUUGUUUGCGGGCAUUUCGCUGCAACUGUGCGGUCGAUUGGGAAUGCUGCUCAACGACAAGCGAAAGGAAGCAAUUUCUAUCAAUCAGCUUUUCUUCCCCGGCGGACCUCAGUCUUUGCGAGGGUUUGAAAUCGCAGGUGCCUGUCCAUAUCGGGAUGGCGUCGCAGCAGGAUGCCAGUCGUAUUGGGCAUCGGGUAUUCAUGUUUGGAGUCCUCUGCCAUUCAGCAGGUACUUUGGAGGUUUUGGAGACCUCUUUAGAACGCAUUUAUUCUACAAUUUCGGGACGUGCAAUACAUUCACAACAGACAAACUUCGUAGCACUGCAGGUGCUGGCCUUGCGGUCAGGAUAGGUCAAAAGGCACGCAUCGAGUUCAACUACUGCCAACCACUGUCUUUUGAACUCGGAGAUCGUAUAAAAAGGGGAUUCCAGUUCGGAAUAGGCUACGAGUUUAUUUAAAAUCCGAGCUGUUCAUUUCCUACUGAUACUAGGUAAAAAUCACCUACUAGAAGAGCCUUCGCUAUGGAUGCCUCAUCUGUUGCAAGCCCCAGCCAUUAGUGAAAUGAAUAAAAAAAAACAUGCAAUGCAACGGAAAGUCAUGAGGAUGGUUCGUAUUAUAAAUCUGUUACAACGCUAUUUUACGCAUAACCAGAGGUCAACCAUUUGUUAUAAAAGAAAUCGACUACUGUUAAGUUCAAUGCACCAAAUUGGUACCGCUAGCCUAGUUUGACAAAAUUAAACCAUGGCUUAGUAAA